GUCAUCUUCCAAGAAAAAAUACACUCCAAUGGCGGCGUCUUCUUCAACAUCAUUCGUUAAGGAGAGCUAUCAAUAUGAUGUGUUUUUGAGUUUUAGUGGUGAAGACACACGUAAGAACUUUGUGGAUCACCUUUAUGAGGCUCUUCAGCGACACGGUAUUCACACUUUCAAGGACGACAAGCGACUCAAACAAGGAAAAAGCAUCAAUGAUCAGCUUUUGAAAUCUAUUGAAGAGUCAAAGCUGUUCAUCAUAGUUUUUUCAAAGAAAUAUGCAUCUUCGUCUUGGUGCUUAAAUGAACUUGUAAAGAUUAUGGAAUGCCAAAAGUUGGACGACCGGAUUGCUUACCCUGUUUUUUACGAUGUGGAUCCGUCUGACGUUCGCAAACAACGUGGACCAGUCGGAGAAGCUCUUGCCAAACACACCAAUAAAGAGAUCGGGAAAUGGAGAGAAGCUCUGACUGAAGCAGCCAAUCUGUCCGGUUGGGAUUUAAGGAACACUGCUGAUGGGCAUGAAGCCAAAGUGAUCAAGUUAAUAAUUGAGUGGAUCUCACUUGAGUUACGACCCAUUAAUGUGAACUUGGAUGAUAAAUUAGUAGGUGGUGGUAAGACUACACUAGCCAGAGCUGUGUUUGAUAGAAUAUCAGUUCACUUUGAAGCUAAAAGCUUUGUUGAGAAUGUCAGGGAAGUUUCAAACGCGUCAUUGUACGGUUUGUUGUCAUUGCAAAGAAAGAUCCAUUCAGAUUUGCUAAAUGAUCAAGGCAACAACGUAGGUAGUGUCCAUGAUGGGACAAACAUGUUGAAAACAAAGAUGCGUGGUAGAAAAGUCCUUUUGGUUUUAGAUGAUGUGGAUCAUCAAGAGCAACUUGAGGCAUUAGCUGGUGAUCUUAAUUGGUUCAAGCCUGGAAGUAGAAUUAUCAUUACAACAAGAGAUGAGCAAGUCUUGAUAGCACAUAGAGUGAAAUCGAUUCGUGAUGUUACCCUAUUAUCAAAUGAGGAAGCGAUUGGCCUCUUUUGUAAGCACGCAUUUGGGAAACAUCUUCCAAUUCAAGAGUAUAAAAAGGAAUCACUACAAGUUGUACAGUAUGCUGCUGGCCUACCAUUAACAAACAAAGUUUUGGGUUCAUUUUUGUGUGGUAAAGACAAGCAUGAAUGGAUAGACGCAUUAGCAAGACUCAAAAGAAUUCCGUUGAAAGAGACUUGCAAAAUUGGAAUUAAGCUAUGAAAGUCUGGAGGAUGAUUACAAGGAAAUAUUCCUCGAUGUUGCAUGCAUAUUGAAGGGGUGGGAGAAAAACAAAGCAAUUAGUAUGUUUGAAAGUUGUGGAUUUCAGGCUAGAAUUGGUUUAAGAGUUCUUGAGCAGAGAUCUCUAAUAACUUUUCAUGAUUAUGGUUUUGGCCCUUGCUUGAGCAUGCAUGACCAUAUUGAAGAAAUGGGCAAGAAUAUCGUACGUCGUUUACACCCAGAUGAGCCCAACAAACACAGCAGAUUAUGGAUCCAGGAAGAAAUUGAAGAUGUAUUGGAUAAUGACUUGGGUUCUGAAGCGAUAAGGUGUAUAAGUCUAAAGCUCACCCCUGAUAUUGUUUUGGAAGGUCUUGGAAACAUGAAGAAACUCAGAUGCCUUAUUGUAGAUCAUAGAUAUGGGGAUAAGGAUCGUGAUGACCUUGUGAAGAUUGAUGAAGUUAGUCAAUACUUUCCAAAUGCAUUACGAUACUUGAAUUGGAACUAUUACCCUCAUUGGUGUUUACCCCAAACCUUUCAAGCAAAUAAUCUUGUUGAGCUUGACCUGUCUUUCAGUAGA